CGACGCCCAUACCAUACCGUCAGGCAUCAAUUGUUGAAAUACAGACCUGAGCUAGAAUCCAGGACUGAACUACAUAGAUGAACAGAUUUCCUGCCUUGCCCGGGGCCGGUCAGUUUUACGAACGAUGAUCUCUCGUUGCUGACGUGGCGAGGGCCCCAUAGGCAGGCACUGAUGGAGAAAGAAGAAUCUUGUUGCUGACGUGGCAGGUCAGUUUGAUUGAUAUCACGAGGCCCAUAGCCAGGCACUGAUGGAGAAAGAAGAAUGUUGUUGCUGACUUGUCGCUGACGUGGCGCUGACGUGGCGCUGAGGUGUCGUACAGAUCACGGUGUGGGGAGGGGCGACGAUCGAAAGAUGAGCAGGCGGAAUGGGGUGGUGAGUGAGACGGUGGACAUGGGAGGGGGCUGCUGCAGUACAUCCAUUCUACAUCUUGUUGACGGAUGACCGGCGGCUGUUGGAUGGAAGGCCACAAACCUUAUCUUGCUGAUUCUUGGUGCAGACGAGGCCCGCAGAAGGCCCACAGGAGGCCCAGAGAAGGUCCAUUUGGCGGUGGAACUUAUUGUGGACCAUCUGGUGCACUCAGGAAUUAAGUCGGAGGAACAUGGCACUGAGGUGUGCGGCCGACCAGCUGAGGAGGAGAGCGAUUGGAUGGAAGGGUGUGCACUGUGUUGCUGGAGUAAGGAGGUACUGUGCUGUUGGAGAGACACGCACACGCGGCAGCGUGUGCCUUGAGUAUGUUCAAAGAGCUACAGGAGGUGGGGGGGAAUCAUGUGCACAAACAAGAGUAAGGGGGUGCAGGCUUGACAAAGAGGGUGUGUGUGUUCCUAGUCUUCUCGAACGGGCAUCGACAGCGGUUGGCAGAGGAGAAGAGAGAGUAGGAGGGGGAAGAGGAGGAGGAGGAGGAGGUGGAGGAGGAGGAGGCAGCAGCGGGCCUUGUGCAUGGAAUGGAAAGACUGGAAGCUGUGCAAGGAUUUGUCAUAGUUCCAUGUAUCUUACACCAGAAUGUCAGCUGUUGUCAAGAGUUGUGGUUGGAGGAGGAGGAGGGGGAGGAAGAGGAGGAGGAGGAGGAGGAUAUGAUGGGAAUGUUAAGGACUGGCAUGGGAGAAGCAGAAGCUUGGGAGGAGGAAGGCUUGGCAGUAACUUCCGACCCGUAGGGUCAGGAUGUCGGCAGGUCUGGUUGUCAUCGUCGUCAAUGAUCUCCUGGCUGUCGAGAGGUGGAAUAGCUAAUGGUGCUUACAGCUGGCAUGCGCACGUUGCUCCUAUCUUGACCGGUCCGCGGGAAAUACAUAGCGAAGCUGGUGGUGAUGCUAGUGAGACUAGAAACGCUAGUGACGCUAGCGCGAAGUAUGGCCGGGUCCUCAGCUUUGGCGAUGGGUCCCAAGGCGCAUUGGGCCAUGCAGAGGAGGAGCUUCUUAACUCGUUUGAACCAGAGGAGGUUAGAGGGUUACCCUUAAAUAUUGCCAGUGUCGGUGCAGGUCACUACCAUUCCUUCGCCAUCACUGGCCAAGGGGAGUUGUGGGCCUGGGGCCGCAAUGCGGAGGGGCAAUUAGGGAUAGCCAGCGAGGGCGGAACUUCGCCACCGCAGCAAACCACAGCGGUAGAGAAGGGUGGAACAGCAGGUGAUGCUCCAUUGACAGGUCCAGGUCCUGCUGAAGCGGGAGCAGCUGGUGCAGCUGCUGCGACUAGUUCGGGGCAGGAGGAGAAGGCGGAGGGAAAAGUGGAGGGAAAGGCGGAGGAGACAUUGAGUCAGCAGGUCGAGGAGGUGGCAUGGGAUUGGAGUGUGCCCCACCGAGUAAAGGGUUUAGAAGAUGUUAAGGUGGUUGGUGCUGUUGGGUCUGGUGUGGUUUCGAUGGCGAUUGGAUCCGAUGGCUCACUGUGGUCCUGGGGCUCCUCGCGACGGGGCCAGCUUGGCCUCGGUGAAGGUGUUGUACAUGUCGGUACCCCGACUCGUGUCCAGGCUUUGGAAGGGCACCAUGUUACACAGGUCUCCUGUGGCUGGGGUCAUGCACUGGCCUGUACUGCCAAGGGAGAGGUGUUUGCUUGGGGUGUUGCGACGGAUGGGCGGCUCGGGUUUCACAUUCCUGAGAAAGGUGAUGAUCAUGGGAGCACCGAGAAAGUGCCGUCCUCGAUAACCAAGACUGUGGUGGGCGAAAAGGCGGAGAAGAGUGUCGAAGGGGAGGAUGGAAUUAGUGCCCAAGUCGUGACAGAGGCAGAAGUUAUGCGUCAAGUGGAGAAACAGGUGAGGGAGGAGAUGGAGAAGGAGGAGAGGAUGCCACUUGUGUGGAAACCUGAGCGUGUGAAGGCCCUGGAAGGCCGGCAUGUGGUAGCAGUGGCUUGUGGUAUGGAUCAUUCCCUGGCUUUGACAAAGGAGGGGGAGGUACUCUCCUUUGGCGACAACAGCUUGAAACAGCUAGGGCGUCGGCUAACCCCAUCAAAGAGUCGUGGCGAGGGAGUGGGAGAGAUGGGCACAGUGGAGGGGCUUGAGGGGUAUGUGGGACUCGGUAUUGCAGCCGGCCUGGGCCACUCAAUGGCUCUUGCCAAAGAGAUCGAUGCUGGUGGCAGUGGGCGAUCUCAUGAAGGAGGAGGAGGAGGAGGAGGAGGAAGAGAAGGAGAAGAUGGUGGCCAGAGCGGAAAACGGGAAGCAAGUGCUGCUCGUGUCCACUCUCGUCAUGUUUUCGCCUGGGGAUGGAACGGUGGAGCUCAAUUGGGUGUGCCACGGGCUGCAACCAUGGGAACAGAAGGAAAGGAAGGACAAGAAGCAGCGGGUGAUGGAGAGCGUGCGCAGGAGGUGGAGGCUUUGAGGACUGAGGAUGUGACGAUGGUUCGGUGUGGAAGAGUUCACUCGGUGGCAGUGGGUCGCGAUGGGCGGCUUUGGUCAUGGGGAAGUGGGGCCACAGGUCGUCUGGGCAUUGGAAGCACAAACGAGGAGCCAGAACCUGUCUGGGUGGAGAAAGUCAAUGGGCAGGUGUUGGGAGUUGCUUGUGGAUUUGAUCACACUGUUGUUCUUGUCUCUUCUUAAACCUCCUCGUAUGAAGAGAGAUUGUGCAUAGUUUGAUAGGAAGUUGCUUGUGGAUUUGAUCACACUGUUGUUAUUGUCUCUUCUUAAACCUCCUCAUAUGAAGAGAGAUUGUGCAUAGUUUGAUAGGAAGAUGCAUUAGUGCUGCUAGACAGGACAUAGGGCUAGAUGCUCAGAUGGAUUGGAAGAUUAGAUAGGUAUUGACACACACAGGUGCACAGACUCCGUGUUGCUUACUAUAGAGAUGAAACUGUUUAGUUGUUGGAUUGGCUCAUCUCAAGUGUGCUUCAUUGUCUGCAAUAGAGGUGAAAUUGCUUUGAUUUUGGAUCUACUCAUCUGGGUGGAACAGGGGCAGUUGUGGUGCAAAUCUA